AUGAAUUUGAAAAAAGAAAAACGAAUUCCACUAUGCUGUGAAAUUUGUUUAAAAGACGGAAAAGAUGUGUCAAAUGAAAUAAUAAAAACUGCAGCUCAUAAAUGGUUGUUUUCUUUAGGAAUAACUAUAACGUUAGGAAGGCAUGAUCCAGAAAAAAUUAACUGUGAAAAGUUAAAUAAAUGUUGUGAUUAUAUAAUUAUAGAACCAGCUGUACCUAUAAAAAUAGUAAAGGAAGUUAGUGGAAAUUACGAAAAUGGAAUGUACGGGAAAUUGUGCACUACACAUUAUUCCAUUUACGACACAAGUUCAUGUUACGAUGCAGAUGUCAAUGAAACUAAUUCACCUGAUCAUAAACUCCACAAUUGGCCUACUUUUCACCCCAUGAAUCAUGAAGGGAAAAAGGAAAUUACAACAAAAAAUACAACAGUGUCAUCUGAGAUAAAUUUAAUUGAGAUAAAUAAGACUAAUCAUUUGAACUCACAGAAAGGAGAUUCUUUUAGUAAUGGGAUUAAUAACACUACCUUAGUUGGCUCUCUUGCUGUUCCGCAAAAUAUUGUGUAUUCUUCUUCUCCUUCCACUUUCAUAUCCAACGAAAUAAAAAAUAAAGAAUGCAUGCAGACAAAUCCAAAUUUGUUAUUUACUGUACCUAUGAUAGGUGACAAAUCUGUAUCAUCAAUGGAAGAUGAUCCAAUAAUAUUACCAAAUUUUUGUUGCAUUGUAAAUGUAGUGACAUAUUAUAAAAAUGAUGAUUUGAUGGAAGAACAAUUUAAUGAACCAAGUGAAAAUGGAGAAAGUCAAGAUGAAGAAGAAUAUGAUGAAGGGAAAAAAAAGAAAAGAAAAGAUGUACCCAUUUUUUCUCAGUAUAUCCUACCUCACUUACGCUUUCAUAAAUUAUGGGAUAGUCUAUAUUAUGAAGAAAAUAUAAAAAGAGAUUUGCUAGAAUAUGUAUCAGCAUUAAUGUUAUUUGCAACAAAAAAAAUUGAUCGAAAUUUAAUAAAUUACAAUCAUCUUGUGCUAUUAUAUGGACCUCCAGGAACCGGGAAAACGUCCUUGUGUAAAGCAUUAGCUAAUAAAAUAUGCAUUCGUUUAUCAAACAUAUAUGCGACAGGAGUUCUGAUAGAACUAAACGCACACACAUUAUUUUCAAAAUGGUUCAGCGAAUCAGGAAAGCAAGUGUUAAAGCUUUUUAACAAAAUUAAAAAGAUAAUCAAUGAUUAUGGUGAAAAUGAUAUUUUUAUCUGCCUCUUAAUAGAUGAGGUGGAAAGUUUAUCUGCAGAUAGAAGGAGAUCUAUGGAUAGUUCAGAACCGUCUGAUACUAUACGAGUCGUUAAUACGUUACUAACUCAAAUUGAUUCCUUAAAAUAUUACCACAACACUUUGAUUCUCACCACAUCCAACAUUUCCGAAAUGAUUGAUGAUGCUUUCAUCGAUAGGGUAGAUUUGAAGCAGUAUAUAGGGUUACCCAAUGAAAAAUGCAGAUAUGAAAUUUAUAAGGACUGCAUAGAUGAAUUAGUGGAAAAAGGGAUAAUUGACUUUUCUUCUAAAAUACUAAAUUAUGAGCAAAUUCAGAGGUCAAUGAAAAACGAAACAGACAAAGCGAGAGAGGAACUCAUAUACGGACUAGAGCUGAUGAAGUGCUCAAGAAUGAGUGAAGGUUUCAGUGGCCGCUGCAUGAGAAGGAUACCCUUUCAAGCAUAUGCCUACUUCUGCCAAGCGACUCUGCGCUUUUAUAAUUCGACAAAUAACAGCGAUCAAAAAGUUUUAAUUUCAUUGAUGGAUUUUUUGAUAGCAUUGAAAAGGGCUAUUCAAAAAGAAGUUAUAAAUAAGGAUAAAUUAUUACAUCAAAGAAAAAAAGUAGGAUUUUAG